AUGCCAGCCUUCAGUCCUGCGGAGAUAGAGGAGGAAUUAAAGGUCCUCCAGGAUGUCACCUGCCUUCUGAGCCAGUAUGUGGAAGCUGAGCCUGCAGAUCAUCCCACUCUGCAAAGAGAGUAUGAAAGCCUUCUAACCUUGGAGGGUUUGCAAACCACAGUUUCCCAGUGCCUGCAUAAGCUGCAGCUUCUGCGAGCAGCUGUGGAGUCCCAGAUGAGGCUGUGCCCAGACUGCACUGGGGAUGUAGGAAGCUGCUCUCCAGCCUGUGUUCCUCCCUGGGGACAGAUGUGUGACAGUGCAGGCGUGCUGGCUGUGCCUCUCCUUUGUUACUCCAGUUUCCAGGAGCUGAGGGACCUGUUUGCCUUGAAGCUGCAAGUGUCAAUGCUGCACCAAGAAAUUGCCUUACAAAAGGUCAUGAUGGCAGAACUCCUGCCUGUCCUGGAGUCCAGGCUCUACCCAGAGGCCUCUGCAGCUCAGCUGUAUCGGGCGAUCUACACGCAGCUCUGUGAAGGAGGCAAGCGAUUCCCUGUGCUGGUGAGAGAUGAGCUGGCAGACUGAUCUGGUGGGAACCUCCUACUUGCCAUUCACAUAACCAGACACAGUUUUAAGCAAUAAAUCUUUU